CUGCGUUUUCGCACCUUUCUCUCCCCGAUCGACCGCCGCCAGCGCCGUCCUGCGCUUGAUCUGCAUCCUGCUCUAUCUAUCUUCCCGCUUUGCUGCGCGGCUCUCUUAUACUGCGUACAACUGCCUGGCAUGGAUCCCCGCCAGUGGGCCAAUGACGCUCUGCACGAGCAUGAGUCGGCGUCCGGAAGCCCCUCGGAGCCAGAUCGGUCCGCCCAGCGCUCUGGCGGCGGCCCAGCACCCGAAGCCGCGGAUGCAGCCGACACAGCGUAUUCUUAUACGCACGUGGAUGCAAGUGGGUCUAUCCAGACGAUAUCGGAUGAUGGCUUCGGGGCCGCGCUCUCCGACCCAAGCGGCUCAACCCUCCUUUCGGCCACCGUCCACUCUGAUUCAUUCGAGAGCCACAGCCACAGCCACAGCCGUGCCUAUAAUCCUUACGAGUCACCGCUCGAAAUGGCCGAUCGCCAGCACGAAGAUCCAGUCUCUUUACUCUCCUCGGGCGACGCUCUCGACCAGCACGGGUUGCCUCUUGGCCCGUCCAACGAUGACCAGGACCAGGACAGAGAUCGGUCCGAAGAUCGGUCCGGUGGCCAUAUCCCCGUCAGCGACGUGGAUGCUCACCAAGCCUACGAUCAUGACAUGGCCGAUGGCGAUCGGCUCAAUGAUCAGGGCGAUGAGGACUAUGCCGACUCGGAACGCCCUGAUGACGAGAUCUUGGUCGCUGACGGCGCGGAGGCUGACCCCGACCGCCCAGCCCCAAGCGGCGAGGCAUACGAAGGCGAUGAUGCCAUGCAUGACUCGACUGCAGCAGAGGGCAGUGGCUUCGAUCACAGCGACCAGCAAGAAGACUCGUCGUCUGAACAGCUCAAGUCAGAGAGCCUGGUGCAGCCAGCAUCCUCGCGCAAGGGCGAGGCCUCCCGAGUCGACAAGCUGGAGGAACUCUAUGCCAAAGUGCAGGAGCAUCCCUGGGGCACCGACUACUGGAGUGCGCUGGUGCUGGAAGCCAAUCGGCGGCCGGACCCUGAGAUUGUCCGCAAGGCCUACGAGGAUAUCUUGGUCCAGUUUCCUACCUCGGCUCGCCACUGGAUUUCAUACGUCGAGUUUGAGCAAAAGCUGCAGUGUUUCGACAAGGUCGAUGCAAUUUUCACACGGUGUCUGCGAUCUGUGGUCAACGUAGACCUGUGGAAGGUGUAUCUGACGUACAUCCGCAAGAUCCACCCUGUGACCAAUGUCUCUGUCGAAAAGCGGACCGAGAACCGGGCCACGAUCACCAAGGCAUACGAAUUUGUCCUCCAGAACAUUGGCAUCGACAAGGAAAGCGGCUCGAUCUGGAGCGACUAUUUGAACUUUAUCAAGAGUGGAGAGACCAAGUCAACCUACGAAGAGCAACAGAAAAUGGCUCAGCUCCGUGCCGUCUAUCACCGCGUCAUCGCCAUUCCGAUAUCCAACAUCGAAGCGAUCUGGAAAGAGUACGAUGUCUUUGAGAAUGGGCUCAACAAGUUGAUGGCCAAGAAGUUCCUGAGCGAAAAGUCCCCGGGCUACAUCACCGCGAGAGUCAAUUACAAAAACCUGAAGAACCUGACCGAGUUUAUCGACAAGCAAAAGACCUGGAUGGCUGUUCCAACCCGCUGGACUGAGCGGGAAUGCCGGAUGGUUCAAUCAUGGCACAAGGUCAUUCAGUGGGAAAAGUCCAACCCCUUGGCUCUGGAAGAGAAGAGCGCCGUUGUGGCCCGAGUGAUGCAUGCAUACAAAUGCGCUCUCCUGAUGCUGAGGCUCUAUCCGCAAGUCUGGCACGAAGCGGUGAUGUACCUGGCCGAGGUUGGAAAGCCGGAUGAAUCCCUGGCCAUGCUCAAGUCAGGACUUGAAGCCAAUCCCAGGAGUCUCCUUUUGUCGUUUGCCCUGGCCGAGUUUGAAGAGGCCGCCAAGAAGCCGUUUUCCGAGAUUGCUCCGAUCUUUGAUUCGCUUGUUACCGAGUACGAGCGCGAGAUCGAGCUAAUCAAUGCCAAGUACGAUCAGGAACGCGAGCGCUUGCUCGGCAUCGAUCAGCCCACGGCCGCCGAGGAGGCCGAGUGGGAUGGCGAGAAGCGAGAGCAGGAGCGCGCCAAGUUCAAGCAGCGUGAGGCAGCAGUCAGCCAGAAGCUCGAUGAGGAGAAAGAGAGGCAGCUGGCUGAGGCCAAGGAUGCGCUUGGAUCGAUCUGGAUCACCUACAUGAAGGUCGCCCGCCGUGUGGAGAACAUUCGUGCAGCUCGGGUGAUCUUUGGGCGCGCCAGGAAGUCGAGUUGCACCUAUCAAGUGUUUGUCGCUUCGGCGCUUAUGGAGUAUCAUUGCAACAAGGACGCCACGGUUGCCGGCAAAGUUUUCGAACUCGGUCUCAAGCUCUUUGGUAUGAACGAGGACGAGAGCUCCUUCAAAUAUCUCACCGCCUACUUUGACUUUCUAAUCGGCAUCAACGACGAGAACAAUUUCCGUGCCUUGUGCGAGCGAGUCCUGGCCAACAUCUCGCCCGAAAAGUCCAAGCCGAUCUGGAACCGUCUGCUCGAGCACGAGCGCAAUUACGGCGAUCUGGUCAAUGUGCGCAAAGUGGAGAAGCGCAUCGCUGAGGUGUUCCCGGAGAGUGACCGGCCCUUGCUCGACAGUUUGUAUGAUCAAGCACAGCAGUGGUCGUACUCGGGUCUGCAUCAUAUCGAAAGGGUAGAGCUCGGCUAUCCCUCAAUCAAGGCGCUGGUGGAAGGCGGCACGGUUCAGCCCAGCGCAUCGGCCGCUACAGUCGCAACCAGUGGCUCAGGCACAACCGCACCAAAGUCCUCCAAGCAAUCUUCGCGCAAGGAUGGCGGAUCCAGGACCAACGACUCGCGCUCCGGCAACGCCCCCGAUGGCCAUCACAAGCAUGGCCCUUCGCACCACGGCCAGGGCGGAUCCUCCGGCCAUGGCUCGCAAGGACACUCGGGACGAGGAUUCCAGCAGCAGAACCAGCCACCGAAAUCCGCCAUACCGCCAGCUCAACAACAACAGCCGUUCCUCCAAGCCCCGCACAGCUUUGAACAGCAGGGUCCGGCAUUUUCCAAGCCGCCCGCGGCCGAGCGCGCCGCCGAUCCAAUCUCGUGGAUGCUUUCUGUACUUCCGCCUCCAGCCCACUACAACGGCGUGAUCCUGAAACCAGACGAUCUCAUCGACUGUCUGCGCAAGAUCCAGAUUCCGCUGCCAAACGCGCCUCCAGGCGGCGGCCCUCCUCCUUACCAAAGUGACAUUGGCGCACCAGGUGGCGUCGGAGGGUUCUCGGGACGGCCUGGGGAACGCGGCUUCGGAAACCGAGGAUACGACGACGGACCGCGUGGCGGACCUGGACGAGGCCGUGGCGGAGCAGGAUGGCAACAACAACAACAACAACAACCCCAAGCACAGCAACCACAGGGUGGUCGUCGAGGAGCCGGCAUCAAGCGGAAGGGUGCGCAGGAAUACGGCGGAAACGAAGACGAUGACUUUGGAAGAGGCGGACACGCAAGCCGCCCUCCGCCAGACCACGACAUCUAUCGUGCUCGACAGAUGCCCAAGCGAUAUCGGGACGAGCCGUAAGCGACAUGUCUCGCGAACGACAGCAGGCCACAGAGCAGACAUUGCGGCUCAGUGAGGGCACACGCCUUACACCCACAAGCCGUCCGGUCUCUACUACACUUUAUUCAGAAAAAACGGGACAAUAUAGCCGUUUCCAUGAACAGGUAGUAUGUGCUGUGCUUGCGUCAAGCAAAGCCACAAGAAAUAAAACAGA